AUGGAGAGGCUGCUGCGUCUCUUUUUCUUUUUUUUUUCAUUUUGUUUUCUGUAUUCCUGCGGAAAAACCGCCGCCCUGCACGUGGAUGCUUGGGCACCGUUGAGAGCUCUGCAGUGGGGAACGCCACAUCGGGACUUUUUUCCUUCCGUACACGGCCGGCAGCCACGUCUCUCGACUCCUCCCUUUUCCGUGGCAUCUCUUUCUUCUUCCUCUCCCUGCAAAGACCUCGCUGCGCGUCCACGUGCUGCGUCUGUGACCUUCUCGUCUCCUCGCUCGGUUGCCUCGUCUCUGCUCUCGCGCAGGAAGCCUGGAGAUGUAGAGAGCGCGCGCCGGCCUCCGGAAGUUAGCAAGAAGUGCCCUCCACUUUUCGACUCAAGAUUUGGCGGCCCUGCUUCGCCUGCCGUGACCUCUUCGCCCAGGGUUUGUCCUCCGGCGCCGCUCUCGUCGUCCGCGUCCUCCCUUUUCUCCGCAUGCAUCACGCCGCUUUGGCGUUCUCUGCAGGAAGCCGCCCGAAAGAGAUUGAAAACGCGUUGCGACGCCAGCGUCCCUCCGCCCGGCGGGCUUUCUCGCCGUGUGAACCUUUUCUUGCCUCGUUUUCCUCUGCGGCCGCGCAGAGCUGCCUUCUUUUCGUCGAUGUCGUCUGCUGCGCCUGUGGCGUCGCCUCUGCGUUGCCGCGCUUCACCCGGCAGGGAGACGCUGCGACAGCCACAGACUGCGAGCGAAACGCCAGUCCAGGGGUUGCGUGGCGAAGUUGGUCCUCGCCGUCGUGCGUCUCUCGGUGCGUUCUUUGCCUCUUUUCUUAUCGCGAACCAAUCGCGGCCUCUCCUGCGUUUUCUUUCUUCUUUAACGCUCUUCGCUCUCCCGGUCGAGCCGCCGUCUCGCCUUUCUUGCGUGGCGCGUGCACCGCCACCUCCGUCCGUCGCCUCGUCCUGCGGGUUUUCUGCUUUCUCGCCGUUGUCCGUCUCUUCGGCAGCUUGCUGCUCUGCGCGCUUCGCUGGGGCGGGAGCGAGAGUCGGCCGUGGAGGCAGCCUUGGGGAAGAUUUCGAAGACGCCGAAGACUGCGAAGGCGACGGCGGCGCGGAAGACGAUGCAGAGCUGCGCUGGAGUGGGCAGCGGCGCUUCGUGGAUCCGCUCCGCGACGCCGUGGACGGGACGGAGACGGCUGCGGAGAAGGAGCAAGCAAAUCUGUUCAGCCCCGACGUGUUUUUCGAGUUCUUCGGCAGCCUGGAGGACGACGACCGCCUCGCCGCGCAAGCUGCGCAGGCGAUGAGCCGGAAGAAGCGCCUGAGGAAGCACUUCGAGGCCAUGCUCGACUACGGGCGUCGCGCGCGUGCAAGCGUGAAUCGCAGCAACCUAAACUCCAAACAACAAGAGGAUUUGAAGCGCGGCCGAGCUGCAGAAUCGCAGGCUAGCGCGAACAGCAUCGAAGAAGACAGCAGCUCAGCGCGAGACGGAAACGGAGAGAAGAAACUUGCGAACCAAGACGAACGGGCAAGCCGACAGGCACGAGCCCGCAGCGCGCCGGGCGCGACAGGGAUCUCAGCAGAUGAGCAGAGAGGAGGGCAACGCGAGAGGCGUGACGGAGAUCGCGCGAGAGACGCGAAAGACCGGCGGAGACUGGUGGCAGAGGAGGCGACGGAGAAGAAGGAAUUUCAUCCGGCAAGCGAAGGGAGAGAAGACACUUCACACACCACAGGGCACGCACGCGAGCGCGAGGAGGCUGAAACCACCCCGGAGUCAGCCACCGCAGCUUCUCGCGGGCCUCCCGCUUCAGCGUCGUCUUCGUUGCCUUCUUCUUCUGCGGCUUCUGCAUCGCCUUCGACUGAGAGCGAGCCGGCGUGGCUGGCGCAGCACGAGCUGCAGGCGACGCGCUUCAUGCGGCAGGCGCCGAUGGACGAAUGGCGCGAGACCCUCAGGGUUGGCGAGCGCGAAGUGACGCUCGUCUCGCAGGCGUGGGGCCGGUCGCGGCGCGCGGGCGCGGGCGCGCCGGCGGAGGAGACAGUGGGGACGUGUGGCGACGACGAGGAGGACGAAGACCUCCCGGCCGUGGUGCGCGCGCCGAACCGCGACGCGUGGCUGGAAGAGGUAUGGAUCGAGGGCGACGACGCGCCGGUCUCGAUGGAGUCCCUCUCCGGAGACUUCUUCGGCGACCGCGCCGGCUGGCAGAGCUACCGCCGCACCGUCGAGGAAGUCGAGCGCGAGAUGGAGGCCGCGGAAGAGAGCGACGACAGCCUCUUCGCGGCAGCUUUGAGCGACAUGCGCGAGAAGGAUGACGAAAUCGCUCGCCUCUUACAGAGCCGCCGCGUGCCGCAGCCUCAAGACCAGGAAAAACAGACUCAGGGAGCAGGCAGCCACGCGGAAGGAAGCGAACGAGGAGACGAAAACAAAGAAAACCUGAUUGAGAAGGGGGAACCCACGAGGAGCGAGUUCUCAGGAGACGACGAGCCUUCGCCGAUUCACGAUGAACAGACGACAGGCCGCGAUGAGAGGAGACAGCAGCCUCAGCAAACGCGUGCGGCCGCAGAGGGAAGCGAGGGCGACCAACGAGAGGAAGAGAAAGCGGACGAAGCACAGCGAGAAAACGCAGAAGCCAACCGCAGUGUAUGGCAUGCAGUGGCGCAGAAUGCGGAAAGCGACGACUCAGAGAAGCCAAGCGACGACUUCUGGGAAACGUGA